CACCGAGGACCUGUUGAACUUUAACGACUUUUAAAUGACACGGAACCGCGUUUUAGUCACGAUAUACACGAGUAGAGUUGACGUUUAUGAGGAGAUCAGGGGUUAAAUAUGAGGGGAAAAAACUGUUUGAUUGCGCUUUGACAUGGAUGUGGAGUCACCUAAAGAGUCAAAUAUAAGACAGGAAAUGUGGUAAAUGCGGCCAAAGUCUAUGAAUAAACACACUCGGGGGUGUGUUGAAGUUGUAAAUAAUUAGUUUCGUGCUCCAUCACGGCCGUUGAGGGGUCGUUACCGGGUGGAGAAGAAGAAGAAGUGUGUGCGUAAAAGACAGAGAUGCUUGGUGGCCACGUCCCCUUGGAGACUGGAGACACAACACGUGAUGAGCUUUACUUAUCAGGUUUAGUGGGAGAGACACACGGAGACACGCCGAGACACGGACGCACACGGAGCCGGGACGCAGAGCCCGGAGAGCGGCCACGAAUCUGAGCCAGAGCCGCUCCGAACAAACCGCUCCGAACAGGGUUUUUUAGCACGGUUUAUGCGGGCUAUUUUAUCCUCCGGGUGAGGAGAGAGAAGGGAGGAAGAGAAGCAGCAGCAGAAGAAGAAGAAGAAGAGGAGGAGGAGGAGGUGGAGGAGGAGGAGGAGGAGGGAGGGAGGGAGGAGGAGGAGAAGCCGGAGUAAAGUUUGUCCAAGUUUGCACAUCCCUUCGGAAACGCCAUUUUGAUUCCUCUCCUCUCCGGAGCAACUUUCCAGCCUCUCUCUUCCCCUCUUUUUUUCUUCAUCCCUUUAUCAUCCACCACCGCCACCACCAUCAUCUUCAUCAUCAUCAUCAUCGUCGUCGCCCCCACCACUACCACCACCACCAUCAUCAUCCUCGCCACGAUGUCUCGGCGCAAGCAGCCCAACCCCAACAAAGUCAAGCCAGUGAUGGAGAACUCCACAGAGGAGCAGCGAGAAGGGGGAGGAGCCAGUUCAGAGAUCAAGGAGGAAGAGGCGGAGCUAACAGAGGAGAAGAUGCACAAUAAACUCAAAGGAGCGAUGAACGGCGUGAGGGAGGCAACGAAGGAGGAGGACGAGGAGGCGGCGGCCGAAGAACAGAAACUACAGAACGGAGACGAAGGAGGAGGAGGCGGAGUCAUAGGGUCGGAGGGAGGCGGAGACCUGUCUUCCAUUAACGCCAUGAUGUCAGCGGUGAUGUCAGCAGGGACCAUCAACGGAGGAGACGGAGACGGAGGAGGAGGAGGAGGAGUCAACUCAGCCGCCUCCUCUGCUGGCCCCUCCCCCAGCCCCUCCCCCAACAAGACGCUCACGGCCGCCAUGAGAGCCCCGCCCAGUCGCAACGCACGACGCAACCAGGAAACCAAAGACGACAGCUCGGCCUUUAUCUGUCCACUGUGUGAUAAGAACUGUCAGACGCAGCAUCAGCUGACCAUGCACAUCAGACAGCACAACGCCGACACGGGGGCGACCGACCACUCCUGCAGCAUCUGUGGGAAAUGUCUGAGCUCGGCGUCGUCGCUCGACCGCCACAUGUUGGUCCACAGCGGUGAGAGGCCGUACAAGUGCAGUGUCUGUGGACAGACCUUCACCACCAACGGAAACAUGCACAGACACAUGAAGAUCCACGAGAAGGACCCGGCCAGUGGGCUGCUCCCCGUCAGCCCGCCCUCGCCCACCAAACGCCGCCGCCCGUCCGUCAAGAGGAGGCAGGGCCCGGAGGACGAGAACGGCGAGGAACCGCCCAGCAAGAAGGUGGUGGAGGACGCGGCGUCGGAGGAGUCGGUGGUUCCGGUUCGGGGAGCGGAGGAGGAGCUACUGCCAUGUCCAAUCUGCUUCAAGACCUGCAGCUCCAGACUGGAACUGGACGCACACAUGGACACGCACCCCGACACCGCACUGAGGUGUGAUCUCUGCUGCCUUUCUUUCCGAACACAUCGUGGCUUGUUGCGUCACAACGCCGGGGUUCAUAAGCUCCUCCCCCAGGACCCCAGUGGGCGGCCCUUCAUCCAGAACAACCCCUCCAUCCCCACCGGCUUCAACGACCUGGCCUUCAUCGACUUCUCCUGCAAGAAGUUCGCUCACAUCGCGCAGGUUUGGUGUGAGACCAACCUUCGCCGCUGCAUCAGUAAGUUCCACCGCUUCGUCUGCGACGGCUGCGAUAAGGCCUUCCCCCUGCGCUCUGCCCUUGACCGCCACAAAAGCACUGCCCACAACGACAAACCGGAGAGCAAAGAAGAGGGCGGGGCCGCAGAAAACGGCACCGUUAAAAAAGACGACACAGAGGCGGAGACGCAGGUGGUGUCCUCAGAGCAGGCUGACUUCCUGGAAGCGCUCGGCCUCCAGCACGUUUCAAAGGUCCAGUCGGGUCCGAGUGAAGACGAGAUCCUUCAGGCUCAGCUGGACAGCAUCAAGGUGAUCCACGUGGAGCCGCCGUCGUCCAGCCUGCCCCAGGAGACGGCGUCGGCGUGCCUGUCCGGGGGCCUCCUGACCCUGGGGCUGGGGGUGGGCGGCCUGGCCGGGUUCGGGAUCCCGCUGCUGGAGUCGGCGUCGGCGCUGCAGGGUCUGAUCCAGAAAGACGCCCUCAGCCUGCUGUCGCUGCAGCCCUUCCAGGCCGGCUUGCUCCUGCAGCCGGACGGUGCCGCCGCCGCCGCCGCCGGCUCCGCCUCCUCGGGUGUCAAACCGGGUGAGGCGGGUGGGAUCAUGGAGCUGGCGGACAUCCAGCAGAUCCUCAAAGUGGCCUCGGCAGCCCCCAACCAGAUGGGACUGACCCUCCCCCCACUCGCCAAAGCUCCAGGAUUCGCCGGAGGUCAGGGUCCGGUCCAGGCCCAGAAGGCCAUGCCUCCGCUGAAGCCCAAACCUCCCAUCACUCCUCGCUCCAGCCUCACGGCCACCACCCCUCCCCCCCUGCAGAGCUCCCAGCAGGCCUCACUGGGCUGCAUCAGCCCCAGCCUGCCGCCUCCCACCCCCACGCUCUUCAAAACACCCUCCUCGUCUUCGGUGGCGGCGGGCAGCGCUCAGAUGGACGCCGAGUGUAUGGGCGACGCUCACACGCCGUCGUCUGAUUCACCGCCCGCGGCCACGACAGCUGUGCAUGAAGAGGCGGGGCUCAGCGGGAGAAAGUUAGGAGCCAAAGUGGGAAACAACGCCAACGCCGGCUCGGCUAAAGGAUCGUACCCGUGCCGCUUCUGCGAUCAGGUGUUCGCCUUCUCGGGCGUCCUGCAGGCCCACAUGCGCUUCCACCUGGGCAUCAUCCCACACCAGUGCAACAUCUGCGACUACGUGGCUCCGGACAAAGCCACGCUGAUCCGACACCUGCGCACGCACAGCGGCGAGCGGCCGUACGUCUGCCGCGUCUGUCACUACCCCUUCACCGUCAAGGCCAACUGUGAGCGCCACCUCAGGAAGAAGCACGCCAAGACGUCGAGGAAGGACAUCGAGAAGAACAUCAAAUACGUCACCUCCACCACCACGGCCAACAUGGCUGCCAUCACCGCCUCCACCACCACCACCACCACCCAGGACACGGACACGGGCUGUGCCGGAGCCGAGACCAUCUGCCGGUUCUGCGGAGAUGACCUGAAGACGUACCGCGCCCUGCAGAUCCACCUGCGCACGCACAACGGCUGCCAGAAGAAACCGUUCGAGUGCCGCCGCUGUGGCGCCGCCUUCUUGGCCAAACGGAACUGCAUCCACCACCUGCUGAAGCAGCACCCCGAGGUGCAGGAGAGGGAGAUCGAGGAGCACAUCGCCACGCUGCAGCCGGCGUCCGUCACCGCUGUGGCCUCGGUCCGCGCCGCACCGCUGACCCAGUUGAACGGACUCAGCCAGACGCCGAUCCAGGCGCUGCAGGUGGUGAAGGUGGAGGAGCUGCCCGGCGUGGCGUAUCCGGGCACCGCAGAGCUGGACCAGCCGCUGGACUUCUCCGCUAAAGGUCGCGGCACCACCAGCCAGGCGGCAUCUCCUGGGGUCAAACUGGAGGCCUUGGACUGCUCGGCCGUGGACCAGCCCAUCGACCUGUCCAUCCCCAGCAAGAGGCAGCGGCGGGAGGCGGUGAGCAACAUCAAGACGGAGCACAGCGUCACCGAGCACAAGGACGAGAAGACGGCCGCUGUCCAGCCCCCCCUACACCCCCACCCCCAGCUCGGCUGCUACCAGAUGCCCCCCGGCUCCACCCCUCCCCCCGCAUCACUUCCGAACCUCAGCGGCGCUGCACGAGCUCAGCGCCUCAAACCGCUGCUCCCUAAACCGGCGUCCUCGUCGCCUGCCGCCGCCGCCUUGAAGGAGCUCCCGCCUCUGGCCUCCAUUGCUCAGAUCAUCCACUCCGUCUCUGGAGCUCCAGACCUGCUGAGGAGGGAGGCCGCCGCCAAUGUCACCUCCACCCAACCGGACUCGGCCGCAGAAGGUCCAGGACCGUCUGCUGGUCUGGAGACGCAGAGCGAAGACGCCUCUGAGGGAUCGUCCAGGAAGCGGUCCAGGAAGAAGACCCCGGCUCUGAUGGUGAAGGAUAAGGCCGUCAUGAGCAGCGGCAUCGACCUGGAGUCCAGUGGGGAGUUCGCCAGUGUGGAGAAGAUGCUCGCCACGACGGACGCCAACAAGUUCAGCACCUACCUGCAGACGGGCACGGCUGACGUGGCGGCGAAGAGAGGUAAGAAGACGGGCCGACGCCGCAAAGACCACCGGCUCAGAAACCCCAAACCCCAACCGCCGCUCAUUUACACCUCCUCGUUCGCAGACGGCGACAGAGGCGGGGCAGGGGAGGAGAAGGAAGGCGGAGUCAGAGAGGAUGGGAAAGCGACGGCGCCACCAUCGAAAGGGAAGAAGAACGCUUACUCCAACUCUGUCCAGAAGAUGACCUGCCCCUUCUGCCCCCGGGUGUUUCCAUGGGCCAGUUCCCUGCAGAGGCACAUGCUCACACACACCGGUCAGAAACCGUUCCCUUGUCCCAGAUGUGAUGCCUUUUUCUCCACCAAGUCCAACUGUGAGCGCCACCUGCUGAGGAAACACGGCGUGACGAACAGGACGCUGCGACGCAACGGCGUCCUCCUGAAGAAAGACGGUGACGAAGGCUCACAGGAGAGCGCAGAGAGUCAGUCGGAGACGGAGCACGUUCCUCCAGACGCCGUUGACCUCAGCAGCGUCACAGACACAGACUCCGCCCCCACUACUGAGAGACCUGCCCCCACAGAGCAGCAGGAGGCGGGGGCAACUCAUCCAAGCCCCUCCCACAAAUCAAGCCAAGCUGCAGGUGUUGCAGAGCAGCCGGACUCUGACUCCAGUGAGCAGCCUGAGCAGCAGGGGGCGCCAGAGAACAGUCCACCGCCAGCCAAACAACUUCAGCAGAGCCCCAGCACAAAGGGCGACGUCGAUGAUGACGACUGUCACAGCAACAAGAGUCUGGACCUGAACUUUGGCCGAAAGCUCAUCGACUUUAAGCUGUCAACGUCAUCCUCAGGCACCGCCCAGGAAGAACCGCCCACCCAGCCAGUGGCCUCCUCCUCUUCCUCCUCCUCCUCCUCCUCUUCCUCUUCGUCUUCAUCUGGGCCCCCGGUCGUCAUGGAGACCCCAGAGGAGCAGAAGGAGAAAACCCCACCCGUCGUCUCCCCCUCCUCCACAGCAAAGCCUCAGCCCGAGUACAAACACGUCUGUCGAGUUUGUAACAAGAGUUUCCGUUAUGCCACCACCCUCGCCCGCCACGAGAGGGCGCACCUCUCUGAGGACACGCCCCCUCCAGUAGCGGUGGAGGAGACCCCAGCGCCAAAAGAGGAGGUGGUGACGGCAGAGAACAAAACCAGCAAAACGACGGAGGACGAGAAGGAGGAGGAACAGAAGGAGGUGGAGACGGAGGCGGAGGAUGCAAAGGGAGGCGAGAGUGACGUGGGCGACAGCGGCGAAUCAGAUGAGGAGGAGAAGGACGAGGAGGAGGGCGGAGCUUCAGAACCAAAGAAUUUGGAGGGAGGAGAGACGAGCGGAGGAGGACGAGUCGACAAGAGGAAGAAGAUCUGCAACGUAUGUGGAAAACGAUUCUGGUCUCUGCAGGACCUGACCCGCCACAUGAGGUCGCACACAGGUGAACGUCCAUACCAGUGUCAGACCUGUGAGAGGACUUUCACCCUCAAACACAGUCUGGUUCGCCACCAAAGGAUCCACCUGAAGCCGCGCGGAGCCGACGGAGCAUCCGCCGCCAAUGACGACGCCAGCGAGGACGGCGACUCCUGCACCCCGACCCCGACCUCCACCUGCCCCCCCUCGGAGAACGAGAGCGAGUGCGGCAGCGGCACCGCCGGAGCGAAGGAGCUGGAGGACGACGAUGCAAAAGACGAGGAGGCAGCGACGGAGGACCAGACGGCGGUGAAACCAGGUUCGGAUUCAGACUGUGUGACCCAGACCGAUCUGGAACAACCGACCGCUGCUGACGACACUGAAUCCAAACCUCACACCGCCACCGCCACCGCAACUCCACAAGCUACUGACACAAAGACAGCUGCCGGUGAUGGCGGCGACCCCGCACCGGACGCCUCCAAAGACCCUUCAUCUUCCACCUCCCCUACCCAGGACGCCACCGCCCCUGCCGAGGGCUUCAUCCAGGGGCUGCUGGAGAUCCACGCCAAGCCCCCACUGGAGCACAUCCUCCCCAACAGCGAGCCGCCUAUGGUGGGCGCUGACUGAGGGGAGACUCUCCACCAACAGUGCCAUAUGACGGAAGGACGCGCCACCGUUGAUAACGAUGCAAAAACCAGCCGGAAACUUUUUGACAGAAAGACGACGACCUCGUUUCCUUGAAGUGCCUUACUACUACCGACUUCUAAGAUGUUUUUUGCGAUAUCAUUAUCUGCAUUAUUACGGAGGAUGGAUCUAAUUUUUAUAGCUUUUUAUGAUGACAAUGAUUUGCAUUCUAUUUUUUUGUGCGGGGAAUCUAUAUUUCAGCAAUAAAAGAAUAAAAUUUAUUAUUGUUCUAGAUUCUGUUUGAGAAUUGAUGAUCAAUUUAGGCGACGCAGAGACAGACGCUAACUGACAGACUGUCGAUACCUGCGUUUAUUCUUCGGUAUUUAAUUCAGCGCUGGGCUCCAGCCAAUAGACCCGACUAUCCGAAGAUUUGCACCAGCUUUGGAUUGAACCGGCCAGGGUGGGGGACGUUCACAGGCGUCAGCCACAGCAGUUUCCCAAAGCUCACCAGCUACUUCCUGUGUUUAACCAGCCGUUCACGUAGUUUUGGAAACAGUGGAACCGACUGGUGACGGCUGCCAACGACGCCUGCCCCGAUGUAUCUACGACACCGUUUCAUAACUGGAAAGCACGGCGGGCGGACUUCAUUUUUGACUCGUCUCCAUCGUUCGUCUCUUUGGCUGGGUCAGAAAACACUUAACGAACUUUUCAAAGUCACAUUGGAUUUCUGCGUGAAAGAACUAAAGGGCAGAUAAUAGUGUUGAUCAGUUUGUGUUCUCUAUGUUUUUUUAAACCUAUCACACUAUUUGUCCCUCAAAGCCACCCUGUGAGUUGGUUUGUGUAUUAAUAAUUUCUCAUUCGUAAUCAUUCUCAGUUGAUUCCAUGUGUGUACAGACAGGUGAACAUGUGGCAUGUGAUGCUAGAGUAUUUUCUGUUUUUUUGCGUGUGAUAUUUAGGUGUAGAGAGGGGAUUUCUUGCGUUUUUGUGGAUUUUUUUUUUAACAACUGAACAAAUCAAAACUUUGGUUGUGUGUCCUUGUGUGCGACUCCGGCCUGUCUCUCAACUUUGCCCCCUAGUGUUAAUUCUUUCAGGGCCUCUAGCGUGCUAGCUUAUUUUGCCGCUAACACCUGAUGCAGGUUUAGUUUACCUCAAGCUCCACAAACAUUAUUACACCACACUCUGUGGCAAACCCUUUAAAUCCAAUGUCUUCCACAUCAGGAGCAGCAGGGCUAACUCUUUGCUAGCCUGAUUCCAGAAGCACGCUAAAUCAGGGCUAACAAGCCUAGCAGUGAAUGCAAAUAACCAAACUGGCCUUAAACAGUGAUGACCAAGGCUAACACAAUGAGAAACACACCAGACCUACUUUACUCAUUACCUUAAUGUUUGCCUUAGUUUACGACAGGCCUAAACAACAAAGGGCUAAAUAAGUGCUGUUUGCUACAUCGACCACCUAAAUACCACACACUAGCUCAGGUUAGCUCAUUCCUUUAAAUAAGUGAAGACAUCAUUAGCUAGUUAACUUUCAAUAAGACUAUAUAUCUGUAUCAAACAUAAGGCAGCACAGGAUAACUGAGUUUACCUAGGCUAACAAAUUAGGCUAAGCUUUGUAAAUAACAUUUCUAGCCAAUACCAGGCCUAGCUAGCCUCCAUGGAGUGUUUAUAAUACUAUGAGAAAGCUAACACUAGUAAAGUCUAACCAAUUAUCUUUACUGCUAAUGUUAGCUCACGAGUUAAACAAGCUAAGUCAUCAUUGGCUUGUGAGUUAUAAAUGCUAGGUCAUCAUUACCUCGUUAAAAGUAUCAGAAAGGCCUCAAAUCGGUGUCAAAACACAAGUUAGGUUGUGCUAACUGAUGAUAAUCAAGCUAAUGAAUUUUAGUUGUUUUUUUUUUUCUUUACUUUUCUAGCUAAUAACAGGUUUAGUUAAAGAUAUUCUGACUAAAGACUUAAGUUGCCUCAAGUUAGAGGACCUUUAGCCGCCUUCUUGUGACGUGAUAGCAUCAAAAGGCUAACAUUAGCUAGCCCCAAUCUUUUAUUUAAUUUAUAAAUUAUCUAUAAUGCUCAGGUUAGGUUAGCUCCGAAGUUGAACAAGCUAAGGCAUCAUUAGCUUGUUAAAUUUUCAGUAGGGCCUCAAAAUUAAUAUUUAAAAAAAUUACUUAGAAUAAAACCGUUGAAGUUAACCAAGCUAAUGUGUUGCUAGCUUUAUAACCAGCAUAUCUCGCUAACGGCAGGCCUUGGUAGUGUCUUUGCAAUGUUGUGUUAGUAUGAAGCAUUGGCCCUGGAUGAACUUCAGUAGCGUUUGUCCCUGUCGUCCUGUUUCAGUCUGUCCACAGUGAAACCAGCUGUUUUAUCUCCGUGAUAAGCAACAUAGUUACGUUGUAAAUUGGCGCUAAAGACAAUCAGAUUUUUUUUCUUCAAAUAAUGAAGGGAUGAAUGUGGAAAACGGAUAAAAAUGCUUCCGGUAAACUUGUGUGUUUCUCGGUAUGAUUUCUAGAGAGAUGACAGGGUGAAUGGAUGAAUGAGGACAGAUGGAUGGAUGGUCGGAGGGGUGGAGCGCUGUCACGACAGAAGGGCUAAUUUCACCUCCUGCACCAAACUAAGCAGGUGUUUCCACAAGUUAAAGGACGCUGAACAGAUCUGUAACGAUCCUCAUAUCACAACCAGAGGGAUGGGUAGUGUGUGCUUUUUUUUUUUUUUUUUUCUUUUUCAUGUGUGAAGAUUUAGCUAAUUUUUCUUCUUGUACGUUUUUUUUUAUAUCGAGCAGCAACCUCAUAAACAAAACAAAUUGAACCUCAGCGGCUCAUAACAGAACUGUAAAGCAGCGUCAGUCAGUCCGUUACUGAGGCUGUCUGUCUGUCGGCGUAAAAAUGAAUGAAAUGUUGAACAACCACGACCAACGGAUUAACGGACUGACUGGACGCUGCUGUGAACUGGCACUAACGACUUCCAAAACUACUACUACUACUACUUCUUGUACUACUACAGUGGAAUAUCACGACACAGUCGAAGAGAGAACGAGCAAGAGAGUUUCCUCUGGUUGGAAUAUGUUUUACAUACGUUAAUUACACUGCAAACACUGAACCCCAAAUAAAAUUAAAGCAGAUUUAAGGGUUAAAAAACAAACAAUGGAGGCUGGGUUCUGAGACUCCAGUGGAGCUUGGACUGUUUAAACUCUGGGUCAGUGCAGAAUGUGGCUCUGAUGGUGGCUCGUAGGUAAUCUAAAAAAAUUACAACUACAAUCACAGUUAAUAUUUUUGCAGUUAUUUCCAGAUUCCGGUUGACUUUAAAUUGGAUUUUCAGAGACUAAUAUUUAUUGAGGGAUUUAUUCAUUUAGGUGUUCAUUACUCUGACAUAGUUAGCUCAGGCUAAUUGAUGCUAACUUUGCAUUUGUUGUUAAUAUUAGGCAAGAGCUCACUUUGUUUUCUAUACACAGGCUAAAAAAGCAUAGUAGCCCACGCUAAUUUACAAGGUUUAAACAAACUAAAUCAUUAAUGUCAGUGUUGUUAUAAAAUCAGUAUCAAAGUACACCUCAUGUGACGUAUUUUAAGUUGACCAAGCUAACAGUUUCUAGCUUUUUAAACACGCAUUCAAGUUAUUAGCAGGUUUAGCUAGCCUCCUUUAUGUGUCUUUAUUAUAUUUAAAAGGAUAAAAUUAGCAAGCUCUAAUCGGUUAUAUAAUUUGACUGUCAGUCCUGCUCAGGUUAGCUCUGCAGUUGAAUAGCUAAGUCAUUGUUUGGUUAGCCUUAAAAUCAGCAUCAAAACACAAGCUAGCAUGAGACAACUAGCGUUAACCGAGCUAAGCUUUAUCAUUAAUGUUUCCCACAAAGUUUUCCUUAUUAGUCAUGGGCUGACUUUCUAGUAACGUCAAAAAUUGUUCAUUUCAGGAUGGUGGUGACAUUGACCCAUUAGUCAUUUUUCUGCUUUUUUUUUUUUGUUAUUAACUAAGACAUCAGCCUUCGGAGCGUCUCCACAGGCCACACAUCUGUCUUUAAAAAGCUCACUUUGCUUGACCUAAUGGUAAAUAAACUGGAAGUUAAUUUUAUCGAGAACCAUUCGUCUUGUUUCACAUUGGAGCAGAUUUGAGUUUAGCAAAACAACUGUUUAGCUGAUUUUAUGAGACACGAGAAGCACAAAUCACAUGUUGAAUUUGUAACGUUGACAAAUCGUAGGAAUGUUUGGGGAUAAAAAUCACUACAUUUUCUGAAUUUAAAACCCUGUUCUUUGCGUCGGACUCCUUGUUUUUGUCAUAUCACUGAAGGGCCUCUUCUCAUCUCUCUCGGCUGUUUCCUGGUUGGUUAGCGUCCUCUUGCCCCCCCCCCCCCCCCCCCCCCCCCCCCCCCCCCCUUGGGAUAACGUUGACUGUAUGAGUGUGCCCGGCCAUAUGAAUACUGGACUUCCAUUGGAAUGCACAUGGACUGUUUUUAUUGUAUUUAUUGGAGCCCAGGUGUGUGUGUCUUUGCGUGUCUCUGUGUGUACGUUUAGUUUCUACAAUGACUUGAGAAGAAGCCAUGUAUUAAAAAUAUCACAUUUAUGCUGCAGAACUGUUCUGAGGAUCUGAUGGUUUGUGUUGUGGGUGCAAAUCCAACUAGCAAUAAGACUCCCUCUGAAUCCAAAGCUUUAUGUAGAUCUCCUGUAUAUGAGUCGAACAGACUGUCUGGGUCUAUUGGUUCUGUUGUUUAUUUUUAGUUUGGCUGAGAAAUGAUUUUUGUUGUGUAUUUUUUUUCUUUAUGACAUAUAAAUGCGUAUAAAACUGUGAAAAUCCAUUGUGUUCAGUUAAAGGGUGAGUUUUAGGUUAGUUUUUUUUUUUUUUUUUUUUUUUUUUUUUUUGCAUGUUAAUCUAAUUGUUUAAUUACAGAUGAUUUCUCCUUUCUCCAUCUCUUCUGGCGCUACACAUGUAUAUCUAUAUAUAAAUAUAAAAAAUAUAUAUAAUCUCGCUCUCAGGGUCUUUCACAAAUCCAUUAUUCACAAUACUUUGUGUUCUUAUUUCCUGAGUUGCAUCUUUCUAAGUCCUGAUUAUUUUGUCUUUUUCUUUUUUUUUAAAAUAAUGAUUCAGAACUGUCAAUCACUACAUUUAGCACUUGACUGUGAACUUGUCAUCAUCAUCAUCAUCAUCUAACAGAACUGUAGACAUUUGGUUUUUCUCCUGUUGGUUUCACCUUCUCGCAGUCCGAGGUCAAAGGUCAAAGGGAACGAGGAGGUUCAACAAAACCCAUCCCUCCUCGAACACAAACACACACUGAGAUGCUGGACCUCAAUCCAAAAGCAUUAAUUCAAUCAUCUGGAAAAGUCCUUCAGUCGUGCUCCUCUGUUUUCUGCUUCCUGCUGUUAGAAAAACAUGACAGUGUUUCACAAAGUCAAGAGAUGUAAACCUGUUCUGUAUUCAACCCAAUAAGAAAAAGCAAUAAAGAUUAUAUUAAGGAAAGGUGUGUGAAUCAAA